AUGGAUAAUUUCGCUGAUGAAAAUAACAAAUUUUUCGAACAAGCUCAAGGCAUAGCUUAUAUGCUACAAAAUAGAGAAGAACGAAUUAGCCGUAUUUGGUUUGGUCCAUGGCCAUGGGUUUUAUUGUAUGGAGCAGAAGAAUGUGAAGCUAUACUCGGCAGUCAUAAACUUUUAAAAAAACCACUUCAGUACAAUCUUUUAAGUGGCUGGAUUGGACAAGGAUUGCUUAUAAGUGAACCAAAAAAGUGGAGAAGAAGACGAAAAUUGCUAACGCCAACAUUCCAUUACGAUAUAUUGAAGGAUUUUAUUGAUGUAUACAAUAAACACGGACGAACUCUUUUAAGCAAAUUUCAAAAAAUGUGUGGAGAACAUUACAACGAAAUAUUUCAUACCAUAUCUCUAUGUACUCUUGACGUGAUCUGUGAAGCCGCUCUUGGAACUCAUGUCGAUGCUCAGAACAAACCAUCUCCUUAUUUAGAUGCAGUUUGGAAAAUGAAAUACAUGAUUCAUCAACGUACGCUGAAGGCACAAUUUUAUUCAGAUAUAUUUAAUAAUUGGUUUGGAACUGGCAAAGAAGAACUGAAAUGCAUUGAGGCACUACAUGAAUUCACUGGCGUGGCUAUUGCAAAUCGUAAAAAAAUGGCAGAUGAAGCUGGUAAACGACGUAUGGCAUUUCUUGACUUAAUGCUUGAUAUGCAUGCAAAAGGUUAUUUAUCGCUGGAAGGUAUUCAGGAAGAAGUGGACACGUUUACUUUUGAAGCGCAUGACACAACAUCAGCAAGUAUGAAUUGGUUUCUUCACUUGAUGGGUACAAAUCCUGACAUCCAAGCAAAAGUUCAAAGGGAAGUCGAUGAGAUCUUAGGAGAAGAAGAUAGAUACGUAACAUACGAAGAUCUUGGACAGUUUAAAUACUUGGAAGCUUGCAUCAAAGAAACAUUACGUAUGUUUCCCAGUGUGCCUAUCAUUGCUCGACUUUUAACUGAGGAUACAAAAAUUGGAAAUAAUAUUCUACCGAGUGGAACAGGUGUUGUAAUCAUAGCAUCAAUGGUACAUCGUGACCCAAAAUACUGGCCUGAUCCGGAAGUGUUCAAACCAGAAAGAUUCAUAAGCAGUGAACUGAAGCAUCCAUAUAGCUAUAUUCCGUUCUCUGCUGGUGCUAGAAACUGUAUAGGCCAACGAUUUGCAAUUAUGGAAGAAAAAUGCGUUUUGGCACUACUGAUGAAACAUCUAAAAGUAAAAUCCAAACUGCGUACGGAUCAAAUGCACAGGUGUAAUAUGAAGGAUGCAGAAACUGCUUGUUUGGAUCCUUCUGGUAACUUGUUAUCAUCAUCACCAUUGCCAUCACCAUCAGCGUCACCCGUUACUACGUUAUCAACUGCUGUAAACUCAUGCUCAGAAUCAUACAACAAACGUCGCUUUAAUAAAUGUAUGGAACUGCUGAAUGGAAUGUUAAAAGAAUCAAAUGAUAAUAUUCUAAGAUGUUGUCUACGAGCUAAUUUAGCGUUAUGUGAGGCAAAAAGCAAAGCGGAAUUUUUUGGUCUUGCUUACAAAUUAGCUAUCUGCGAUAUUUUCCCUAAAUUCCAGCAAUCGGGUGAAAUUCUGAAAUUGGAACAUCAUUGUGAAACAGUGGCAGCAUUUAAUUUAGCAUUAAAUGCAUUCGGGCGAUACAAUCAUCGGACUUGUCUCGAGCUGAUACAUUCGCUCUUGUCCACGCAGACUUUGUCAGGCUACUUGGCGUCACGUCAGUCAAAACUUGCUUUAAAACAAGUUACCAAUCUUCGUGACAAUCCUAAAUGGCAUAAAGCAAGUGUUAUUCAGCGUGAUUAUCUCGAUUGUCUAGAUUCUCGUAUACGUUGUCUUCUUUACAAAACUGUGCCAGAUACAGAUAUCAACAGUUCAAAACUCGAGUCAUUAUAUUGGUGCCUAAUACAGUCAGAAUGCGACAUGAAAAAUGGAAAUUCAUUGCAUGCUGUAAAUCGACUUUUAGCGCGUCGUCCUUCACUACAGGAUGAAGGACGUAGGCUUGUAGACAAUGCACUUGGAUGCAUUUACGCAUUAUCACUUAAAAAAGUCAGUUUGGCUGACUCAUACUUUCGUUCUGCAAUGUUGGUCAAGCAAAAAAAAAACAAUCGUCAAGAAUCAACAAUUCCUAGAUAUUGUAUACUUUAUCACGCAGCUCUGACUCAGUUACAUUGUGGACAAGCAGAAUCUGCCUUCACACUUUUUCUUGCAGUUCUUCCUUUUUACGCUGAACAGCCUCGUAUUUGGUUAAGAAUUGCGGAGUGCUGUAUUCAAGUUUUAACAGAGGGUGAAGCUGAAAGUGAGGAACCAUCAAUAGAAAUUAUAGGAGAACCAGAAAAUGGAUUUAUCAUUUUUCCAUCUACUUCUAAUAUCAGUGAGAAAAAUUCAAAUGAAGUAGUUCGUGAAAAUAAAAUCAGCUGGGAAUAUGCUGCGAUUUGUAUUCGAAAUGCUUUACUUCUAGCAGGCACAAAACGAGAAUAUAAUCAUUUACUGCCAUGGUUAUAUGCCGCAUCCGCGUUUGUUGACUUAAAUCUUGGUCGCUAUGGCUUGGCAUUAAAAGCCGCUUGUCAUCUUGCUUGUUUACCGCAGAUCUCCGCUCAUCAUCAGCUAAUGGCCGUGCUUUUUAAAGCAGAAGCACUUGUACUUCUGAAUCGUUUACCAGAGGCUUUAGAGUGCUUGACGUUGGCUAUACCAAUUCAUUCAAUUCCCAGCACAGUAUCCGCUGUUGUUUACAAUCAAGCUUUAUUGAACGCUUUGAGUGGCAAUUUCCAUAAGGCCUUCUUGACUUUCUCUCUUGUAUCGUUUCUUGGGAAAGAACAAGGAGUAAGAAUUCCAGAAGCAUUACCUCUUGGUGUUUACAUAAACAUCAAACUAGACAAGGAAGACGAAGCUAGGAAACUGCUCGUCCAACAUCUACAGGAAAUGAAUUUUGACUAA